UCAGGAGGUACAGCAGGUUGGCCGGUAACCUGAAGGUUGCUAGUUCGAUCCCCGGCUCUUUCCAGCUCGAGUGACGAGGUGUCCCUGAGCAAGCCUACUAAAGCCUGAUGUGUGUGAAUGUGUGCAUUAACCGUUUAUUAGGCUGCUAUAUGCUAAAUGCUAAAUGUCAAUGUCUGCUCUCCUCCACAGCCCAAAUUGAAGUCAUACCCUGCAAAAUAUGCGGGGACAAAUCCUCCGGGAUACAUUACGGAGUGAUUACCUGCGAAGGAUGUAAGGGUUUCUUCAGACGCAGUCAGCAGAACAAUGCGGCGUACUCCUGCCCCCGCCAGAGGAACUGCCUCAUCGACCGGACCAACCGCAACCGCUGCCAGCACUGUCGCCUGCAGAAGUGUCUGGCCCUCGGGAUGUCCCGGGAUGCGGUGAAGUUCGGCCGCAUGUCCAAGAAGCAGCGUGACAGCCUGUACGCCGAGGUGCAGAAGCACCAGGCUCGGCUGCUGGAGCAGCGGCAGCAGCAGACGGGCGAGGCGGAGGCCCUGGCGCGCGUCUACUCCUCCAGCCUCACCAACGGCCUCCCCACCCUCAACCACGAGAUCGGCGGCACCUACGCCAACGGCCACGUCAUCGAGCUGCCCAAGGGCGGCGCCCACGGCAACGGGGUCAACGGCGGGGUCAACGGCCUCGGGGGCGGAGGCGGCGGCGGCGGCGGGCUCCUCCCGGGCGGGUAUUAUGGGAUGGACUCGACCCAGCCGUCCCCCGACCAGUCAGGGCUGGACAUGUCCGGGAUGAAGCACAUCAAGCAGGAGCCGGUGUACGACCUGACGCCCAUGCCCAACCUGUUCAGCUACGGGGGCUACCAGGACCCCCCGAUGGGCCCGCACAACGUCAGCAUGGGAGACCUGGACCGCAUCGCCCAGAACAUCAUCAAGUCCCACCUGGAGACGUGUCAGUACACUGCCGAGGAGCUUCAGCAGCUCGCCUGGCAGACGCACUCCUACGAAGACGUCAAGAUGUACCAGAACAAGACGCGGGACGUGCUGUGGCAGCAGUGUGCCAUCCAGAUCACCCACGCGAUACAGUACGUGGUGGAGUUUGCCAAGCGGAUCUCAGGGUUCAUGGAGCUGUGCCAGAACGACCAGAUUCUACUGCUCAAGUCAGGUUGUCUGGAAGUUGUGCUGGUGAGGAUGUGUCGUGCGUUCAACCCUCUGAACAACACUGUGCUGUUCGAGGGAAAGUAUGGUGGCAUGCAGAUGUUCAAGGCACUAGGUUGCGAUGACUUGGUGAGUGCCGUGUUUGACUUUGCCAAGAGCCUGUGUUCCCUGCAGCUGACAGAGGAGGAGAUCGCCCUCUUCUCGGCGGCCGUGCUCAUCUCCACAGACCGGCCGUGGCUGAUGGAGCCACGCAAGGUGCAGAAGCUUCAGGAGAAGAUCUACUUUGCGCUGCAGCACAUCAUGCAGAAGAACCACAUGGAUGAGGACGCGCUGGCCAAGCUGAUCAGCCGUAUCCCCACGCUGUCGGCUCUCUGCACGCUGCACACCGAGGAGCUGCAGGCCUUCCAGCAGCUGCACCCGGAGACGGUCAACGUCCUGUUCCCGCCGCUGUACAAGGAGCUCUUCAACCCCGACCCCAACUCCGCCAUGUCCCUGCCCAAGUGA